AUGCCUACCUUCCGCAUACCACCACCAACCCCGCACGCAGCAAUCCUCUCCUACCCAGCACCACACAUCCUCCUCGUAACACUCAACAGACCCAAAGAUCUAAACUGCAUCAACGCCCAAGGCCACGCCGACCUCCACGAAAUCUGGGAAUGGAUGGACGAGGAGCCGAGUAUGCGCGUGGGCAUACUGACCGGAACAGGGAGGGCGUUUUGCGCCGGAGCCGAUUUGAAGGAAUGGAAUACGCGCACCUCAUCCACCUCCACUUCCAAGUCGACACCCAUGCCCAACAGUGGGUUUGGCGGUCUCGCUAGACGAAAAGGCAAGAAGCCGGUCAUCUGCGCGGUCAACGGGCUUUGUUUUGGCGGGGGCACGGAAAUGAUUGUUAAUGCCGAUCUGGUGGUUGCUAGUUCGCGGACGGUGUUUGGGUUGCCUGAGGUGAAGCGCGGGGUUGUUGCGCUUGCGGGGGCUUUGCCUAGGCUUGUUCGGACGGUUGGGAAGCAGAGGGCUAUGGAGAUGGUUCUGACUGGGCGGAAUGUGGAUGCGUUUGAGGCGGAGAGGUGGGGGCUUGCGUCGAAGGCGGAUGUUGAUGGCGAGGUUUCGAGGGUUGUUGUUGGGAAGGCUUUGGAGCUGGCGGGCACCAUCGCUGGGAAUAGUCCUGAUUCUGUUCUGGUGAGUCGUGAAGGAGUCAAGUUGGGCUGGGAGGGGAUUGGGGCGGAUGAGGCAACUAGUAUGUUGAGUGAGACGUGGGUGAAGCGGUUGAAUGAAGGGGAGAACAUCAAGGAAGGCCUGAGGGCGUUCGUGGAGAAGAGAGGGCCUGUUUGGGUGGACAUUGUUCAUUGCUAUUCAUACUACAGUUCGUUAAUCAUAUCAAAACCUAAUCCGUCGCGCCGUAUUCCUGGUAUUCGCCAUAUCCAAUGCGAGCUGAAGAAAAUCAAUCAGAUGCGCGGUUGCCCUGCCUCCCUGGAAGUGAUGUUAAAAUGGGUUGAGGCUGGCUGGGGUAUAUAA